GGUGUUUCUGGAUCACUAUACUGGCCUGACCAGUGGGUGUUUGCUUAUGAUUUCGUGUAGCUGGCCAAACCACAGUGUCUUAGUUGUAUGCACCACAGCAAUAUCACAGAAAUAAAAACUCCCCAGCAGGUGGUGGCGGCGUGCCUCAACCCUGGUUUCUAGCCGCUGACACGCUAGAGAAGAAGAAGAACGUAGCAUAAGUCUUCCUUUUGCAGAGGACUGAAAUGAACACUGAACCACAUUUUUAUAUGAAACUCACAUGGACUAAGCAGGGAAGGUGACAAGCCGUCCGGGUCACCUCGGAUCAAUGUUCACGGUCAGGUGCACUUUGGGAUUGUCAGCUUGGAGACACAGGAUUAGGCUGAAAAACAGGAUGUCCACUGUCCCUCACUCAGUGGCUGCAGUCUGCCAGGUGACGGCCACUCCAGACAAAGAGGCCAACUUCUCUGCCUGUAAGCAGCUGGUGGAGGACGCCAGGGAGCGUGGGGCCAGCAUGGUCUUCCUGCCCGAGGGCUUUGACUACAUCGGAUCCAGUCGAGAGGAGACGCUUUCACUGUCUGAGAGCCUAACGGGAGACAUAAUCUCACGUUACACUCGGCUAGCCAGGAAGUUGGAGGUGUGGCUGUCUCUUGGAGGAUUUCAUGAACGGGGACCUGAAUGGGAGACUGACAGACGAAUCUACAACAGUCAGAUCAUAAUUAAUGAUAAAGGUGACAUUGUUUCAGUCUACAGGAAGUCCCAUUUGUUUGACGUGGAGCUGCCAGAGAAAGGAGUAUCCCUCCGAGAAAGUGCCUUCACCAUCCCCGGACCCUCCCUCGUGUCUCCGGUCCAAACUCCCAUCGGCAAGGUUGGUUUGGGUAUCUGCUAUGAUCUGAGAUUCCCCGAGUUAUCACUGGCUCUGCGAAGGCAUGGGGCCGAGAUCCUGACAUACCCAUCAGCCUUCACUGUAGCAACAGGAGCCGCUCACUGGGAGCUGUUACUUCGUGCACGGGCAAUCGAGACCCAGUGCUUCGUAGUGGCGGCAGCGCAGGUCGGUCGGCACCAUGAGAAGCGCUUGUCCUACGGCCACGCCCUCGCGGUGGACCCCUGGGGCGAGGUGCUGGGAGACUGCGGAGGGGAGAAUCCAGGCAUGGUGCUGGUGGAGAUCAACCUGGAAAAAGUCAGCAGCACCAGGAGAAACAUGCCGGUCCAACAGCACCGCAGAGAUACUGGCUUCUACCACAGUCUGGAAAAGACUUUACCACAAGAGAAGUGGAAAUUUUAAAAUCUGUGUCACUGGAAAGACAGUGAAUACGGACAACAAACUAAACGGGGUGUUGUCUAUCAGUAAUAGGGAACAGAGGAGACAAACUAAAUAAGGUAUUGAAUUGAUGAAGUUGGUUUUAGGUCAAGUACAAAUUUCAGAAGCAUAACAGGUUUUUUCUUUUUUCGUUUCAGGUUGUUUUAGGUUUCUGUCAAGCUGCACCAUGAGCACUUCAAAUGACUUGAUUAAUAAGUGAUCAAAAGAGAAAUCAUUUUCAGCUUGUUUGAUCAGAAACGCCAGGCUGAGAUGAAGGAAACAUCACGUUACUGUGUGAAGAAAGAAGCAUACAUUCUUUUCAGAUGAAGAUUUUAAUAAAUGAAUAAUCAGGGAAGUUGAAAGUUGGAGUAGCUGGGGGAGCUGCUCAUAGUGGCUGAGGUGAAAACCAACUACCUUUGCUUCUGCUCCUUCUUCAGCUUCCUCAGUUUUCUUUUAAGUCAUUUGAUCAUUAACUACAUUGGAUAGUCUCAUUUCCAGUUAGGAAAGCUCACUCACUAAGUUUUUGUUGACUUUGAAAAUUGAAAAAGAAAAUGUGGCCCAGACCUCCAGCUCAAAUCAUCCCAAAUUAGUUUGUAAAGGACUUUACUCAAUACUGAUCAAUAGAUGCUACUUUUGGUUAGUAAGAACUGGAGAAAAUGGUUAGAUAAACGGUUUAGUUUUGUGAACGCUCACAGUAAAACAUUCAAUUUUAAGUAAAUCAAUUGCAAUUUUUUUUUACAAUAUUAAACAGUAUCGUGCUGAAAGAUUAUGUUAUGAUAUAAACUCAUAAAUCUGAAAAGUGUCUCUUGGUCUGUCUUCUUUUGUCUAAUACAAAUAAACCGUUUUUUUCAUUUUCUCAGUGGUAACAUGAGAUGUGAAUGUACAAGCAGGUUAUGAAUAAAAUGGUGAAGAAACAUCUUCUGUCAG